UUCUCUCUCACAGGACACAAACCAGUUUUAGGAGGUGGGAGGGUUUAAAAAAGGCAUUAUUUUGUGCAGAGAGAAGGCGUGGACUUCCUUCCAAAUACUUCCAGGAGAAUUCCAGCUAGUGAGACGUGUGAGAGGUGCAGACAUGGACUGGGGAACUGAUUUGUGGGACCAGAAUGACGUGAUUGACAAGCACACUCAGGCUGGCCUGGACCUGGUGGAGCGCUACAUCAAGUUUGUCAAGGAGCGCACUGAGAUCGAACAGAGCUACGCCAAGCAGCUCAGGAGUCUUUCAAGGAAGUACGGAAAGCGAGGAAACAAAGAUGAACAAGACUGCAGGUUCAGCAACCACGCUGCAAUGCAGGAGAUCUUGAACGAGUUGAACGACUACGCGGGCCAGCGCGAGUUGAUCGCUGAGACCAUGAUGACCAACAUCUGCGUAGAGCUCACCAAGUUCUUGCAAGACCUCAAACAGGACCGCAAAGGGCACCUUUCUGAUGCCAAGAAAGCACAACAGAACCUGGAGAGCAGUUUCAAACAGCUGGAAAGUACAAAGAAGCGAUUUGCCAAGGAGUGGGCAGAGGCUGAAAAAGCGACACAACAGGCCGAGAAAACAGAGAACGACGCCAAUGCCACUAAGAUCGAUGUAGAUAAAGCCAAACAGCAUGCGCACAUCCGCAUGCACACGGCGGAGGAAUGCCGCAGCGACUAUGCCGCAUACCUGCAAAAGUACAACAAGGAACAGAAGUAUUUCUACUACACAGAGAUGCCACAAAUAUUCAAUAAGUUACAAGAUCUAGAUGAGCGCAGGAUUCGUCGUCUGGCAGAAGGAUAUUGCCAGUUCUCUGACUUGGAGAAGAAGGUGCAGCCCAUCAUUGCCAAAUGUUUGGAAGGAAUCUCAGCAGCCGGAGCAAAAGUUGACGCAAAGCAGGACUCACUUUUGUUGGUGGAGCAGCACAAGUCAGGCUUUGAACGUCCUUCGGAUGUGGAAUUCGAAGACUACAGUCAGGGAAUCAAAGCGGGCAUCUCUGACUCCAGUCUCAACCUGUCGAAAGGUCGACCCAAGCUAUGGCUAUUUAGCAGGAAACACAAGACGUCACAUGCUGAGAAACACGUGCCACCACCCGCCGAGGACUUCUCUCACCUUCCUCCCGAGCAACGUAAGAAGAUGCUGCAAGCCAAGAUCGAAGACGUGUCCAAAAAACUUCACAUGACGCUAGAGACCAGUGAGGCCUUGGAGAAGAUGAAGGGCGUGUAUGAGCAGAACGCUGACUUGGGCAACCCAUCCACUUUGGAGCCGCAGAUUGCUGAAACGGCACAGAAGAUCGGAUAUUUGCGCGGCGAACUCGCCAAAUAUGAAACGUGGUUGUCCGAAGCAGUGGGAGGAGAUGAAUGUGUCAACGCCAUUAACAACAACAACCAUUCGCAAAACACAGUUGUGACGUCAGACAACCUCCAGAACAUUUAUACCGAGUUUGAUGACGACUUUGACGACCUUGGCCAGUGCACGGCUAUGUACAACUUUGAAGGUAAUAGCGAGGGUACCAUCUCGGUGACGGAUGGUGAGCUUCUGACCAUCAUGGAGGAGGACAAAGGUGACGGCUGGAUGAGGGUCCUGCGGGCAAACGGGGAGGAGGGUUUCAUCCCCUCCUCUUACGUCAAACUUGCCUCUUAACGGUCACCUUCAAACUCCUUCCGCGGAAAAUACUGUAUACAGUAACUUCUUUUAUAGAACAUUUAGUGACAACUAUUUUUAUUCAACAACCUGCUGAAGCUGCACUCCUCUUUCAUGAUUGGAUAGAAUUACAAAUAAAAAAUCUGAACUGGAUAAAACCACUACUUAACAUUAAAAGCACAAAGUAACAUGGUUUUUUCACAGAUGUUGUCAAGGUGUAUGAAGGCCGCACUGAAAAAUUAGACGAGCAAAAUUUUGCAAUUGCAAAUGUUUUGUUUUUUUGUGCCUUACCUUUUCUUAUGUGCCUGGAUUUAACUCUAUUUUGAAUGAAAUUCAUAUUGCAAAAAUCAAUAAAUAAUACAAGUAUUUUUUGCUAAGCAAUAUCAUUUUGGUAACACAAAGUAAUAAAAAAACAGUAUGGAAAUUAUUCAUUAUGACAAUAGUUUGUGAAUGAUUGAUUUCAGUUUUUUGUU